AUGCAGAAAUGCCGGGAUGCGCAGUGUUUAGCUGGUAGUGUACGAGCGCGGCUGCAGCGGCAGGGAGGCGGGUGCGCGGAGCAGUUAGCUGUCGAGGGGAGCGGCGUGGCGGCGUGCGGGGACGCGCCGCCAGGGGGAGCUGCCCUCUGCGAGCCGGCACCCGCUCUCGCCAGCCACUCACCGCUGCGGUCGAUUCGUUUUUCAUUAUUUAAGACGCCCAUUCACUGCUGGCAAUCCGCGCCGCCCGCCAUUCCGGCCGACGCGCCGCCCGGAACCAAUCCCGCUCGGCCGGCGCCCGCGCUGAGGCGCGACGCCAGCGCCGCGUCGCGACGCUUCACCACGCCGCGCCGCGCGACGCCGCUGGCCGGACGCCGCCGCCGCCUGGGCCGGCGACGCCGCGGCUGCGGCUUUACGACGCGCGGCCGCCGCCAACAAAAGAAGGCGACGCGACGCCGGGCCGGCGCUGGCGGCCGGUGCUGUCAUCUUCCCGCCCUGCCAUCCCCUCCCCCGGUCCUCGGGCGCACCCCCUCCACUUUCCCCCCACCACCACCGCCGCUGGCGGCAUCGCCACGCCCACCGGCGCGCCACGGGGAGGAACUGGAGUCGGGCCGCGCGCAGUUCACCGUUGAUACCGGCGCGGCCUCAUGCGCCACGGCGCGGCGCGGCGACACGGAAGGCCUGCCGGCGCCGACUCCGCUUCCGCCCCUGCAACCCGCCCCGCCCCCCGCCGGCGUGGCGCGCGGCCGUCACGCGGAGCGGCCGCCGGAGGGGAGGGGCGAGCUGCGGGCCUCGCGGAUAAGCCCCGCCCACGUGGGCGGGAGCGUGGCGGGCGCGCGCGACCCGGCCUGUGGCUUCGACCUGCUGUGGCGGCCGGCUGCGCUUCUCGGCCCGCCGCUAGCGAGCCACGCCGCCUCCGCCAGCCCCCUGGGCGACUCGGCGCGGCCAGCGUCGCCACAGCAGCGCUGCCUCGGCUCGCACGCGCUCUUAAUCAUGAGAAAUAUUAAAGCCUGUGCUUCUGGAGUUAAAAAUAUUGCAGUUUUUGACUAUGGGACUGAUCAGCCAGUAAAUUCAUCAAAGAAAUGUGAGCGUAAAAGUGAGUGA